UCCCGCGCUUCCAGCAUGAAGGGUCUCGGAGUCAUUCUGUGCUGCGUCCUGGCUUUAGUUUCCCACGGAGGCUUCCCUGGUGGCCUUCCCGUUCCCGGCGCCACAGCCCCUCCCGCCACAUGCAGGCGCUGGUGCCGAACUCCGGAGCAACAAGCCUACUGCUGCGAGACCGUCUUUGAACCCGAGGCCCCCGUGGGCACCAAGCCCCUCGACUGCCCACAAGUCCGUCCCACCUGCCCACCCACACGCUUCGGUGGACAACCUGUAACCUGCUCCAGCGACUACAAGUGCGGCGGCCUGGACAAGUGCUGCUUCGACAGGUGUCUGGGAGAACACGUGUGCAAGCCCCCUUCCUUCUACAGCCAAUUCCGUUGAAAACUCACCGUAUUUAUUCAUCCAUGUAGUGUCCAUGACUAAUAAAUGUUUCCAAAAAUC